GAACAGAAACAAUAACUUUAUGUAUAUAAUUAAUGAUAGAAGGUUUAAAGUAUUUGAAUUAUCGAUGCAGCCGCUCCUCAAGAGGAUCCGUCAUCCCCUUCAAAGCCACUUCAAUUUACCCCGCUGUCAAUUAUCAAGAGGAGGACAGUCCACACACACUGCCUUACCUAGCGAUAAUUGAGUGUUUUGGGACCAUGUGGUGCAUUUAUAAAAGAUGGAGCAACUUAUUCUCACUGCCACACCGCUCGAAAUGGAAAUACUGGUUAUUGUUUUAUCAGACAAAACUUAACUCUGUCUGUGGGGUUCACCAUGUUACUUUUGGCGCUGUAACAGGUGACGAACUCGGGAGAACAAUUAAAACUGUCGGCCAUCGCACAGCAACAGAUGGAGGUGCACAACAGGAUACCAACACUAAGAGGAUUCCUCUUCCUUUGCCUGUCACUCUGGACUUUUUUUGUGUGGACAGGCUCUUUCAUCGUGACCCAGCUCAACUGGCUUACUGGAACUGGUGUAGAGUUGUUGGUUAAGCCCUCUGAAACCCGCCACUACCCAUGUUGACCUGCUUGGCAAACAGCAAUCCAUUAUCAAGUCCGCUGUGAAUAACGUUAAAAUAAGUAACCAGGUGGGAUUAGAAAGUCGCCGUAGUGUCUUGAGUCUCUGAACUCUGACCUUUCACUCAGAACUCUGAGGUAUGUGCCAGCUCUCUGUACGUGAAUGGCCCAGUGUCAAGUUUACUCACCUGCCUAGUACAAGAGGCAAUGUGUGCUUCCCAUUGGCAGGAGGAUGCCGUGAAGCUGCUGACACUUAAAUCGAUCGCUGUCAACACGCUGCCAUUCCAGUUACCACGAGGGACAUUGACAACUGUGGCUGUGUGAAGACCUGCAGACAAGGACACGCAUCUCUGGUGUGCUGGAGGAGACGGGAGCCGGUACAGCGAAACCAUGGGCAAGGCUGAGAGUAAAGUCCUCAGAGAGACCUCAGUGGACGGGGUUCAAGCGCAGACAACUCCUGCUGUGGCUGCUCCUGCUGCUACCGUUAAAUUCGAAGGACUCACUAAAAUCAACAGGAUGAAGGUGAAAUGGACCCAGCUGGGUUUGGUGUUCUUCCUCGUUUUAUCACUGGUGAUGACAGGAUGCUUCUUCUGGCAAUAUCAGCUGCCAAAAGUUCUGCCAGAUGAAGGGAUGGGUCGCAAUGCCAAAUCAGAGAUGAUGUGUCCCCGCUUCCCAGAGCCUCUCCAGCUGGAGCAUCCUAUCCCCAGCCUGAAAGAGGCCCUGGAAAAGGUGGAUGUUUUGCUUCGGCAAAGCGUCAACCCCAUCAGCCUUCCCUCUCUGUCGGCCAUUGUGAUCUUAAAUGACACUGUUUUGUGGACCGGCAACUUUGGAAAAAGGAAUGGCAGUGACCCACUCUCAGGACCUCCCAACGAGUACACAAUUUAUAGAAUUGCCAGCCUAUCCAAAAUCUUCCCGACGCUGAUGCUGUACAAACUGUGGGAAGAUGGGAAGAUUGGCUCCCUAGAUGACCCUCUGGAGAAAUAUGUGGAGAACUUCACCAUCAAAAAUCCUCUGGGGAAGUCGCGGGACUCGGAGCUGAAAUAUGUGACAGAUGGCCUGAUAUUUCUGGACAGCGGGGAGGUUCAGAUCCGCUCCUCCUCAGUCACCCUGCGCAGGAUGGCCAGCCAGCUCUCAGGCCUACCCAGGAGACUCCGGGCCACAAAUCUGCUCUGGAAAGGAAAAACACAAUCUGCAAUCAAUCUGCUACAAGAUGAUGUCCUUGUCGCAGACCCAGGCACCAAAUGUCACUACAGCAACCUCGCCUUCUCGCUGCUGGCUCAUGUGAUGGCCGAGCGAGUGGCCGCCGUUGACUACCAGCGGUGGAUCACAGACAACAUCCUGGACCGGCUGGGGAUGGAGGACACCGGCUUCGACAUCAGCCCGGGGCUCCAGAGCCAGAUGGCUGUGGGAGUGUACUCCAACGGAAAACCAGCCCCACUCUAUGACCUCGGCUGGUACCGGCCCUCGGGUCAGAUGUUUUCCACGGCCGCAGACUUGGCCAAGCUCGCCAUGAUGCUGCUGGGUGCUUAUCACCGCAAGCUGCUGGAGCCAGACUCGUUGAAGAUCAUGCUGACCCCGCUCUUCAGGUGUGAUAAGGACUACUUUGCCAACCGUACUGGGACGCCGUGGGAGGUGAAUGAGCUGAUGGGCUACGAGGUGGUGCGUAAAGAUGGUGAUCUGGACGGCUACUCAGCCACCUUCUCCCUGGUGCCCAGACUGAAGGUCGGUCUGGUGGUGCUAAUGGCUGGCAGCCGGUCUCAGAACCAGGAUGUGGUCACCAAGGCCUAUAACCACAUCAUUCCAGCCAUAGAAAAAGCCUUCAGGGAGGCCAAGAAGGUCCUCUUUGCUCCCCCAAACCCAGAACCUUACAUUGGCUUUUUCACCUACAGCAACAUCACCUUCUACGAGAUCAAAGUCGGACCAGACGGAGUUCUGAUCAUGCAACAGUUUGGGCCUCAGAUUGAAGAGUUGAUCCCAGAGAAGUACAGGACAAUAAAGCUCAACUACCUGGUUGACCGGGUGUUCAGAGUGGUUUUUGAAAAAGAGUACCCUUGUGUUCUGCGAGUUGGCACAGCCUCAGUGUCCCUGGAAGCCCAAGAUGGCCAAUUAUUUAACUUCUACACGUUUGACAAGCGGGGUUUGUCCCCUGGUUUUGAUGCACCAGGACUGAACACAUAUAAUGUGGUCAGAAUAGCCCGCAGGCCAUCCUUUUCGAGCUGAACUGCAGCAAUGCUGCGGCCUAAAGACAAAUGGUGUGUCCUUCAGAUAUGUGAAGGACUGUAAACUAAAAAGAGGCUGUGAAUAUUGAAAGCCCAAAUGAAAAAGUUGAGUCAUUUUGGCAGUCAAAGAUAGGAUUGCGCUCUUGAUUUACUGAGAGCACAGAGAGGGACGGCAUUAUGUAUGUCGUGCACAGAAAAUUAAUUUAUCUGCUGAAUGAUGUGUAUGACUGUCCUCCUUACACUGGCCCUUCAUUAUGCCUCCUAACUGAACAUUCAAAUUAUGGUGAUACAGUGCUUGUGUGCUUGUUUCCUGCUUUCAUUUAAACCGCUCAUAUAUUGUCUUGGUCUCUUCUGUCCUUGAGUUUUCAUGAGAGACAACAGCCGAACACUGGCUCACAUCAAACUCCUGUUGUGGUCAUUUGCAUGAAUAUUUACAUUUCAUUUUCAAUUCUUGGACCAUGACUGCAGUACCAUGAGAUUAUUGGCUCAUACAUAUUUGUCAUCCAUUGGUGAAGGAUUUUUUAAUUUGAUUUCUUUGUGUACCUAUGAACUAUGUUUGUGGCAGGUAAAAUCAGGACAUUUUCAUGGCAAUGAUGUUGCCACGGGUAUGGCUUUGCUGAUUUAAUGUCAACAAUCAUGCACUUACAUGUGACUAAGAUGCAAAAUAUUUUGGCUCCCCAGUAAGAAGCGAUUAAGGACAGAGAGGCUUUCGGUUGCCUGUGUGACUCCUUGCUGUUUAAUCCCUAAAAAUGGAUUCCGAAAUUUUCUGACCUCUAACACCAAUAUAAAUAAUACACUGCCAUGACUGCUGCAGGAAAAUGACAGAUUCAAGUGUACAAAAAUAACCUUUAUAAGGCAAAGGCUGAUGUUUUUUCCAUUUAUAUUAGAUUGUGCGUCUAGAAGUGCAAUGGAAAUGGAAUAGAUAUUGAAAAUGUUGCUUAGUCUUGAAGCAUCAGGUGCAACGAGUGAUAUUGAUGGAAUAUGAAUGCAAUGCUGCCUAAAAAUAAAUCUAUUGUAUCGACUUUAUAUGGCUAUGGAUGAAAUAUUGAAACUGGCAUUCAACUAUGCAAUGCAUUGUUGUCACAGCCCACAGAUUAUCAUUCUGAUGGAUGAUGGGAAGAAAUCCUAAUUUGGGUCAUGCAGUAUUGUAAGCCAUAAUGAAACAAAACUGUACCAACAUGCAAAUUAUACCAUGUGUUGAAUCUC